AGAUGGUAGGCAGCUUGCUGAUAACCCAUGCAACUCGCCAUGAUGUUUUACGCGCAGGUGGGCUGCCCGUUAAUCUUCGGGUUGAUGUGAACAAAACAAAAGAAAAAAUUCCUUCAUUCAAUUGAUCUCAGUUCUCUUCUCGCCUUCAAAGUUACACACAAUACCAACCACCAUUCAAACCCGACCAAUGCCAUUUCCCGUACCUACCCGGCAACACCAGGAAACGUAGAUACAUUUGACUAUAUUCAUGAAAACCCCAUGAUAUUCCGUAACUCUCUCACACAUAAUCAGUACAUAGAGAAUCACUAUUGCGCUGUGGAAGCUGCAAAGCAAAGCAAAGCAGAGCCAUGGACGCAGAUCACACCCCACUUCUGAGUAAUAACCACAGCAACCAGGAUGAAGAAGAGAAACUGAGCACCGUUAGGAAGUUCGGGUCCGAGUCGAGGAAGCUUUGGAAGCUCGCCGGUCCGGCAAUCUUUACCGCCAUAUGUCAGUACUCACUCGGUGCGCUUACUCAGACAUUUGCGGGUCUUGUCGGGGAGCUCGAUCUCGCCGCUGUGGCUGUCGAAAACUCGGUCAUAGCCGGGCUCGCCUUUGGGGUCAUGUUGGGAAUGGGAAGUGCAUUGGAGACUUUGUGUGGGCAAGCAUACGGUGCGGGGCAGAUAAGGAUGUUGGGGAUAUACAUGCAGAGAUCGUGGGUCAUUUUGUUGACUACUGCUUGUAUUUUGGUUCCCAUCUACGUUUGGUCUCCUCCCAUUCUUGAGCUUGUUGGGGAGACAACUGAGAUAUCUGAGGCCGCUGGAAAAUUUGCUGUGUGGAUGCUUCCACAAUUGUUCGCAUAUGCAAUGAAUUUUCCAAUCCAAAAGUUCCUACAAGCACAGAGAAAAGUCCUUGUCAUGGCAUGGAUAUCGGUUGUGGUGCUGGUGCUACAUGCAUUCUUUAGUUGGUUGCUAAUAUUCAAGCUUGGGUGGGGCCUAACUGGAGCAGCAGUCACUUUGAACACAUCAUGGUGGCUCAUAGUUAUUGCUCAAUUGCUCUACAUUUUCAUCACCAAGUCGGAUGGUGCUUGGGAUGGAUUCUCAUGGCUAGCAUUUGCAGACUUGUGGGGCUUUGUGAAGCUUUCUCUGGCUUCUGCUGUAAUGUUAUGCUUGGAGUUUUGGUACUUGAUGGUACUGGUGGUGAUAACAGGCCGUUUGCCAAAUCCUCUAGUACCAGUUGAUGCCAUCUCUAUCUGCAUGAACAUAAAUGGUUGGGAUGCAAUGAUUGCGCUUGGGUUCAAUGCUGCAAUAAGUGUGAGGGUAUCAAAUGAACUUGGAGCUGGCAAUGCUCGGGCUGCAAAGUUUUCGGUGCUGGUGGUUUCUGUCACAUCCGUUGCCAUAGGGGUUGUUUGUAUGGUAUUAGUAUUUGCUACAAGGGACUAUUUCCCUUACCUUUUCACCACCAGUGAAGCUGUUGGUAAGGAAACUACCAAACUUGCUGUCUUGCUGGGAGUCACAGUGCUUCUAAACAGCCUUCAACCAGUCUUAUCUGGUGUUGCCGUUGGAGCUGGAUGGCAAGCUAUUGUCGCUUACAUCAACAUCGGAUGCUACUACAUUGUGGGAUUGCCGGCUGGCAUACUCCUGGGAUUCACAUUUGGUUUGGGAGCUCAGGGUAUUUGGUCAGGGAUGAUUGGAGGCAUUUGUCUGCAAACCAUAAUCUUGAUAGUAGUGACUUCAAUGACAAACUGGAACAAGGAAGCUGAACAAGCAGAGAGCCGCGUGAAGAGAUGGGGAGGAUCAACCGGAGAGCAUUGAUCUCAAUUCAGAAGCGUGACAUCGUUGUUGCGCUAAGCAAAUUUUUGUCUAGGUCUAUGCAGAAGUUUCAUUGCGCCAUAUUUUUUUUGGUCAUUCAAUUUCAUGUUUCUUAACAAAAGGAAUGCACAUUGCAGUGUUACGGCAAAGUAGAAGAAAAAAAAAAUAAAGAACCUGUAUAGCUCUUCGAGAGAGUUGAGCCUCCUAAUGCAAUAAACACUGCAAUUCUGCACAACUCAUGGAAACUAUCAUAUGUAAUAAACGGGCGCUCAUGGAAACUAA